AUGGCACGGCUUCAAAAAACCCCUGUGUGGUUUGCAGCUGCUCCUGGGACCCCCCUGUGCCACACCUCGGGCUGCAGCCCCGGCCUUGCACCAGAGCAGGGUCCAGCGCAGGAGGCCGGGGACAGCGACGGUGCCGUCGUGCCCCGCUGCAGCAGAACUCCUGCAGCCGCCUGUGCGCGCUGCCCUGGCCCCGCCGUGCCGCUCGCCAGCUCGACGGCUGCAAGGCGGUGGCCGCUGCCCGGCGCGCAGCAGGAAGCAGGUGAGAGCGCCGUGCCCGCGGCGGCCCGGCCCGCUUCACCCGCGGGCACUGGGGGCCCUGGGCGCAGGGCUGAUGGCUCGCUCUUGGCCGCAGGGCAAAAGAAGGAGCUGCAGGAGCUGUACCAGCUGGGCCCGCAGUUGGGCAGCGGUGGCUUUGGCACCGUUUUCUCGGGGACCCGCCUCUCGGACGGCCGCCCGGUGGCCACCAAGCGCCUGGCCCGGGAGAGCGUCCUGCAGUGGGUUGAGUGGCCCGACGGCAUCCGUGUUCCCAUGGAGAUUGCCCUGAUGGAGAAGGUGGGCUCUGGCUGCCACAGCAUCAUCCAGCUCCUGGACUGGUUCGAGCUGCCUGACAGCUUCGUGCUGGUGCUGGAGCGCCCGGAGCGAUCUCAGGAUCUCCUGGAGUUCCUGCUGGAGCAGGAGGUCCUGAGCGAGGAGGCGGCACGCUGGCUUUUCCGGCAGGUGCUGGAGGCCGUGUGGCACUGCACGGCCUGCGGCGUCCUGCACCGGGACAUCAAGCCGGAGAACCUCCUCGUGGACCCGGAGAGUGGCGACCUGAAGCUCAUCGACUUCGGUUGCGGCACCUUCCUCCAAGAGCAGGCCUACACGCAAUAUGCCGAUGCUGUGCCCCAGGAGCCGGCUGCCGGCUCUGCCGGCAGAGGGGGGCUGCAAAAGCCAGGCCCCGGCCCCUAG